AUGACUUCUUGCUCCAAAUUCGGCGAGGCAACCACAGCCACCGAAGUAACUAAUACAUUCUCAGAGCAAAUCAAAGGCAAAAAUAUCCUCCUCGUGGGCGCCAGUCCCAACUCCCUCGGCGAGCACAUUGCCCUGUCCAUCUCGCGGCACUCACCAAGUCUACUCAUCCUCGCCUCCCGUACCGCCUCCAAGAUCAACACCUUGAUCUCCUCAAUCCAUGCCAUCACCCCCAAUAGCCCUGUCAAGUCCCUAACCCUCGACCUCUCCUCGCAAUCCUCCAUUCGCAAAGCAGCAAAGGAAAUGGAGACUCUCACCUCAAAGUUAGACAUCAUAAUCAACAACGCCGCCCUCAACGUCCCCGACUGCGAAACCACAACGGAGGGCAUAGAGAUGCAUUUCGGCACAAACCACAUCGGAAUGUUCCUGCUCACCAACCUCUUGCUUCCCAACGUACUCCUCGCAGCCUCGCAAUCAGCCAUACCUGGCAGCACAAGGAUCAUCAACUUGACCUCCGCUGGCCAUCGACUCUCCCCGAUACGCUUCUCGGACUUCAAUUUUCUGAAGAAAUAUGAGGAGUUACCAGAGGAGGAAAAGCCACCGACAGGGCUGCCCAAAGCACUGAUGGAUCCGGAAGUCACAUAUAGUCCAUUCGUGGCAUACGGGCAGAGUAAGACGGGGAAUAUUUUGUUUUCUGUGUCUUUGACAGAACGUUUGAAAGACAGAGGCGUUCUGUCAUUUAGUGUGCAUCCUGGUUCAAUCUGGACAGGUCUAGCGAGGAAUCUUGACGCGCAGGGACAAGCGCUGAUCAAAACUACGGGCAAGGUGUGGAAAUCUGGGGAUCAGGGGGCGGCGACCGCGAUGGUUGCUGCUUUUGAUCCAAAAAUGAAUGAUAUGCCGGGUGGCUAUUUGGCUGAUUGCCAGUUUGCGCCUGCGGCGGAACACGCUACGGAUCCGAAGAUUGCGGAGAGACUUUGGAGCUUGAGUGAGGAGUUGGUGGGGGAGAAGUUUGAUAUGAGAGGGAAGUAA